AUGUGCCCGGUUAAUGGCAUUAUCAAUGAACCAGUAAUAGUAACAGUCAAAGUUUGUGAUCAGGCUAAAGGAGUUGAAAAAGAUUUCAGAUGUGAGCUGGAGGUUCUUAUGAUUGAGAUGCCGUACUUCAAAGACUUUUUGAUUAAGGAUGGUCAGUUUAUCAGCGAAGUAGAAAUACUUGUUCACUGUGACCUAAAAAUAUUCGAGUGGCUACUACUUUAUGCUAGAAAACACAUUGAUCCUGAUGCGUAUAAAGAAUGCGUUUUGUCAACUUCGAAUGUCCUUGCAUUAUUAGUUUCAUCGAACUUUCUUAAAAUGGAACAUCUGACUUCUGAAUGUUUAGAAUAUUUCUGCAAACAUGCUGGAGACAUUAUAGCAAGCCCUUUCUCUUUAGAUUGUUUGGGCGAUAGCUUAGUUGAACGCAUCGCCCUCGGGUUGAAAUUGGAGGAACUGGAUAAGAUCAAGGAUAAGAAAGACAAAAUAAAAAGCAAAAUCUUUUUCAAGAAAAUUGAGCAUUUGUUUGAUCCUGAAUAUACUUCUUCAUACUGUCCUAACAAUGCAGCGUAUCUGUUUCGAUGUCAAAAAUGUGGUAAAGUACUGACGAGAAACAUUUCAGUUAUUGUACCUUGUCUUCCAAAUCGCUUCAUAAUUAGUCGACGUGGCGAUGUGAUACCUGUUCAUGACCCUAUGGAACCAAGUGGAAAAGAAUUAAUUUCAACAGAUGAACCAUCUCAUCAAUGUAUUGAGGCUAAUGAUUAUUCGAAACAUUCACAUACACCUACAUCGUCAAUUACAUUCUCGAAUUUACAUUGUCGAUCAAUAGUCACAUCAAAUAUUAAUGGACAAAUAACCAUGCCAGUUAGUCAAAAACUAACAAGUUUUUCAUGUACAGAACUUUUAAUUCAAUGGUUUAUGGAAUCAGGAAAUUGGCGCGAUGUAUUUUGGAAACUGUGGGCUACAAUAAAUCUCCAAUUAUGCAAACGUUGUGGCAAACAAUUUCCUAUAGUUGAAUUAGGAGAUGGUUGUUUCUAUCAUACGAUGACUCCCGUACCUGUUCAAUCAAGUCAUAUAGUUAAUAAUACUGUUUCGAUGAAAAACGAGCUAUCAACUAGUCUUGAUAACUGUCAACUUGAUGAUGAAUAUGAUGAUAUUUCGAGCAAUAAUCGAUUUACAUCUACAUUUAAAAAACCAGAAAAUAUCGAAUUUCAUUGUGUAAAUGCUAAAUCUCAUGAAUUAUUGUCAAAAAACAUUCACAAUCAAAUAUUACUAAUACUGGCUUAUCAAGGCAUGAUAAACCUGAUUUCAUCUAUCCAUGUUGUGGAUUGGGCUUAUCAAGAUUCAAUUUAUUCCCAACUCAAAAUGGAUGUCACAGAAGUGAACAUAUUUUGA